AAGCUUCAGCUAAGAGUAAGAAAAAGGUGCAGAGAGACAGAGUAGGAAGGCAACAGAGAGUAGGGAAAAGAAAAGGAAGAAGAUGAUUCAAGACGAAACCCGGAAGGGUCCUUGGACAGAACAGGAGGACAUCCUCCUGAACAACUUUGUGCACUUGUUUGGAGAUCGACGAUGGGAUUUUAUUGCUAAAGUUUCAGGUUUGAAGGUGGCGGGAGACGCGUAAUAGGUUUGAACAGAACAGGAAAGAGUUGCAGGUUGCGAUGGGUUAACUAUCUCCAUCCUGGACUCAAGAGGGGAAAGAUGACCCCUCAAGAAGAGAAACUUGUGGUGGAACUUCACGCCAAAUGGGGAAACAGAUGGUCAAGAAUUGCUCGCAAAUUACCAGGGCGAACUGAUAACGAGAUCAAGAACUACUGGAGGACUCAUAUGAGGAAGAAGGCUCAAGAGAGGAAAAGGGCUGCUGCUACUAUGUCUUCUCCAUCAUCAUCGUCAUCAUCUAAUCAUUCCUCUUCUUCCAACACUACUACUAUGUACUCAUCACCUUUCCCAGAGGGCGGAGAAGAGCAGCCUAGCUUCUACGACACUGGAGGGAACCAUGUGGCAGCGGCAGUAGCUACAACUGGCAAAACUAACGAUCUAAUGCAGGUAGGUGACAAAGGAUACUCUAUGGAUGACAUAUGGAAAGACAUCGAGGGCACAAUAUUUGAACCAGUAGUUUCUGAAGGCUUAACUCAAGAAGGCUGCAAUUUCUCUGGCCCGCCUUCACUGGUUUCUCCAGACUGGGACUACUGCACUAAUGACACACUCUGGAAGCUGGAUGAUGAAGAGGAGAGUAAAAUGUUUCUUCCCUAUGACUACGGAACCGCGUUUUUAACUGGCUAGUAUAAAGGAAAUUCUUUAUUCAGAUUUUUGUUCAUACUACUGUGAUAUGUCUGCGAGGAAGCUCUAACCUGUAUAGCAAGGGGGUUUUCUUUUAAGCUUUUACUUCUUUUCCUAAUGUGUGGCCAUCUUAAUGCAUAAGCAAUAGAGCUAUGUCCUUGUGUCUUUUUAGUGUUAUGCUCAAUCCUCAGAAGUAGAAAGAGAGAUAGGCAUGCUACAUCUCCCUUGAGGAGAGUGUUUUAUGUUCAAGAAUGUGUAAUAGAAGACUAAGAGUACUAUCAAUAAGUUUCAAUCAAGCUAUAGUUUUUGCAUGAUAAUUGUCCAUAUUCAAAGAAUAGAAAUGCACAGUUGUAGCAAGGAACGAAAACACAGUAAGCAGAGCAGAUGAGCACAAUAUGGAUUAACUUAUUCUUUGUCCUUCCAAAAAAAAUAUGGAUUAACUUAUGCUUUUGUGCAUUUUGUGGAGAAAUUUAUGCCUGGUAUUGUUCAGUCUUGCUACUCUGAUCACAAGAGUUCAUGCAAAGGCUCAUAAGAAGUUGAUUAAGAUUGUGAAGGAGAAACAAGUCAUGAUGGACAGAUGAGUAGGCAAUGUGUCAAUGUGAGAAAUUUGGUAAAGUUAU